CGGGACGAGACGGGAGGAAGUGACGCGCCAGAGCCGGACAGAGGAAGUGUGUGUGUAUGUUUGGGUGUAUGUGUGAGGAGCUCAGACGGAGGAAACUCCCCCCCCUCUCUCUCUGUCCUGGACCGGGACCGCGGUGAGAGUCCGGCGGAGCGCCUUGUUUCCGGUGAGCUGUGGUGUGGGCGCGUGAAUGCGCGUUUCGGGGCGGCGGCGCAGGCGGCGGCGCGAGUCGGAGCUUCUGUCUGCCCGGUUUGGUGUGUCUCUACUCGGCUGACAUGGGGAAGGAGCAGGAGCUGCUGGAGGCGGCGCGCACCGGGAAUGUAGCCGCCGUGGAGAAGCUGCUGAGCGGGAAGAGAGCGGCGUCCGGCGGCGGCGGGUUUGGAACCGGAGGCGGCGCGGGAUACGGCUCGAGCGGCGGCGGACACAGCGCGAGCGCUCACGCGCUCUCCAGCUUUCUGAGUAUUUGGAGGGUCCCGAAUGUGAACUGUGUGGACAGUAACGGAUACACGCCCCUCCACCACGCCGCGCUGAACGGACACAGUGAGGUGGUGGAGCUGUUGUUGAAGAACGAUGCUGUCACUAACGUAGCGGACAAUAAGGGCUGCUAUCCGCUUCACCUCGCUGCGUGGAAAGGAGAUCAGCGCAUCGUCCGGCUGCUCAUCCACAAGGGGACAUCGUAUCCCAAACUCAAUGAACAGACUCUAGACCACAGAGAAUUCAAACGCUGUGGCCCAUUUGACCCCUAUAUUAAUGCCAAGAACAAUGAUAAUGAGACCGCUCUGCACUGUGCGGCGCAGUACGGACACUCGGAGGUGGUGCGCGUGCUGUUGGAGGAACUGACCGACCCCACCAUGAGGAACAACCGCUUCGAGACUCCACUGGAUCUCGCUGCACUCUACGGUCGCCUCGAGGUCGUCAAGCUGCUACUGUGUGCUCACCCCAACCUGCUCAAUACACACACACACACUCUCUCACACACACCGCUCCAUCUCGCCGCACGCAACGGCCACCUUCCUGUUGUAGAGGUGCUGCUCAGCUCCGGAAUGGACAUCAACUACCAGACGGAGAAAGGCAGUGCCCUUCAUGAAGCUGCUCUUUUUGGGAAGACGGAAGUCGUUCAGAAGCUUCUCAGUGCAGGUAUUGACGUGAACAUUGUGGACAAUAAGAACCGCACAGCACUGGACAUUGUGAAGGAAAUGCCGUCUCAGAAAAGCCGUCAGAUCGCUGCGCUCAUCCAGGCUCAUAUGAGUGGUCAGCCUCCUGAUCUCCCGCCUCCUCCAGCACCGCCCCCCCAGGACAUCAGAAGGGUUCAAGAUGUGUGUGAGGAGAGCCCAUAUGAAGCGCUGUUUGAAGCCUCAUCAUGUCACUCGUUGGACAGUUUGGCCAGCGGGAAAUCGUCAGACCGAGACUCAGGAAGACCAGAGAGUGAAGCGGGCAGGUCAUUUGUGAAAGACCGUCCUCCACCUCCAUCCCACUCUGGAGGAGCAGCGCAUGAGGAAGAGCUCAGUUCUGAGGCGGUCUACACCAGCAGCAGUUUGGAUGAGAGGCUGGAAGAUGAUGAGGAUCAUACGUAUGAAAUGCUGCAUACAGCACGGACCAAACACCCCACUGACACACGAACGGAUAAAGACUCUUCUGCCAAGUCUUCCAACAACCUCUUACCUCAGCAGCGGAAGACCACCACACCUGGUGACAUUGGAGCUCCAGGUUCUAACACACUGAAGCCUCCUGGCAGCACGCUUCCAUCUGGAGAGAGCUCAGUCGUGCCUGAGCAGUUCACUGGUCUUCUUCACGGAUCUUCGCCCGUCGUCGACACACGGGAAGGAGUGGACCCUUCGCGGUUGCCCUCUGAUCCCACGGCCCCUAAGUGCCCGCCGUCGGUUUCCAUGGCAACCGGCCGGCCAGACCCGGACCCCAAGGCUAUCUACGCUACUGUGAACAAAGAGCCACGCGACUCGCCGAGCCGGAACCGUCCCGGGGACCUGAAGCUCUCCCGCAGCCUCUCCAAAUCUGACUCGGACCUGCUGUCGACUCCGCCCACCGAAGAGGAGGCGGGGCUGAGCGGCCGCAGCGAAUCGGUGUCCAACUGCAGCGCAGCCAAGCGGAGGAUGGAGAAAUCGCCGUCGUUCACGUCAGAGUGGGACGAGCAGAGACAGAGGCGGUACCCAUGCGAUGGGCGGAGACACUCGUCCCCAGACAGUAUCGAGAAGAUCAUGACGCUCAUCGGAGCGGGAAUCGACUUCUCCAAAGAGCAGGAGAGCAGCUUAACAGGGAUGGGGACGAUAUCGGAUCAGUCAGUGGGUGACUGGCUGGAGCGUGCGGGUCUGCCUCAGUACGAGAGUAAACUGCUGCUAAACGGCUUCGACGAUCUGAGAUUCAUGGGGAGUAAUGUGAUGGAGGAGCAGGAUCUGAAGGAGAUUGGGAUCACAGAUGCAACUCACAGGAGGAAACUGCUGAAUGCUGCUCGCACACUGCCCAAGGUUAGAGGCUGUGAGGGCAGCGUCUCUCUCUCCUCUUGGUUGGAAUCGUUGGGUCUGAGUGAAUAUCUGCACAACUUCCUGCAAAGUGGAUACAACACACUCGAGGCAGUGAGGAACCUGUGGGAGCUCGAGAUGGUCAAUGUGCUGAAGAUCACCUUGUUGGGUCACAGGAAGCGAAUUAUCGCAUCAUUAACUGACCGACUGUAUGAUGAGCCACCAGUGAAACCACCUCGACUCUCUCAGAUCAGGUGUCCUGAUGCGAUGCCUCAGGCGUCGUCAUCUGCUCUGGGUCUCUCAGACUCCUACACACACCACCCAGUGGAUCCGACAGGGGAUUCUGGGAGGACAAAGGGGGCGGAAACAGACUAUGACCCGUCAGUCAAAUCCAGAGCACAGGAGAGGUAUGAGGAUGAGCGUGCUGAGUCGAGGUUGACCCUGCGCCCCCCCAGUCAGGCAGCUCCCUGUGCUCCGGUGCAGAACUGGCAUCACAAACCAGAGACACUCAUAUUCGAGUCCUGUGGCUAUGAGGCUAAUUAUUUAGGUUCCAUGCUCAUUAAGGAACUGAGAGGAACAGAGUCCACACAGGACGCCUGCGCGAAGAUGAGAAGAUCUACAGAGCAGAUGAGGAAGAUUCCUACCAUCAUCCUGUCCAUUACGUAUAAAGGGGUCAAAUUCAUCGACGCUGCUAAUAAGAACAUCAUAGCAGAACAUGAGAUCAGGAACAUCUCUUGUGCUGCUCAGGAUCCAGAGGACUUGUGUACGUUCGCCUACAUCACCAAAGACCUGCAGACCGACCACCAUUACUGCCAUGUCUUCAGCACGGUGGAUGUGAAUCUGACCUAUGAGAUCAUCCUGACUCUGGGGCAGGCGUUUGAAGUGGCCUAUCAGCUCGCUCUGCAGGCUCAGAGGACCAAUCAGAAGCAGAAGCAAAGUUCAGCAGGAGGGACAGAGUCCGAGAUCAACACCAAGAGUAGCAGACCAGUGCCUAAACCACGUGGAGGGGCACAAAAGCCAGGGGUGGAGUCUGCUGAUGACCCUGCAUGGCUUGUAGAGCCCAAAGAGCCCAAACAGACUGUCAGCACCAACUGAACACGAUGCCAAACCUCACAAGAGCAGUAGCAUGAAUCAGACUGUUCACCUUGUACACCACCGUGUGUGUGUAAAAUAGGCAGAUUUACAGUACAUUGUCUUGUUUUCUUUCAUUAUACUUCCAUCCGUCCAGCAGCAUUAUUACUGAUCAGUGUAUAGUUUUGCAGAUUUCACACACACACACACACACACACACACACACACACACACACACACACACACACACACACACACACACACACAAUGGACAUCUUCAUCUCCUUUUGUUACACUGGAGGAUCGUCAUUUCUUGUAAAUCAUGAGACUUCAUAUUUAAACUUUUCUGUGCACAGAAGCCGACAACACUGAGUGCAUUACGUGAUUGCUGUGGGCGUGUCACUGUGGGUGUGUCCCAGUCCACUUUACCCAAGUGAGAUCCUCACAGUGCAGUGCCACAGUGCGUUGUUUGGACACUAACCUGGUAUUGUGACGCCACGUUUCAUUCAGAUGUGUUAAGUGUUGUAUUGCGUUUUAAUGACUAACACCCCCCCACCCCACCCCCCACCCCCAGAUACUGGCUCGACUCGUGCACUGGGUGUCGUGGUUCCUCCUGCGGUCUCACCAGCGCUCUCGGUGUAGUGCGCUCAGACUCUCGGAUGUGACCACGUGCCUGGACUGAGUGAAAUUUUUACUGGACGUUUUCACAGUACGAGGCUUUUUAAUCUGGAAAAAAAUACGUCACCUAAUGGUUCACUGAGGAAUUGAUGAAUCCUAAGCCACACCCACUCUGUAAUCGUUUCUAGCACCUACUGCAAGAUCAGGAAACGUUUUCCAAAUCCGAACGAUACCUUCAGUGUACAUGUAAAGGAAACAGAAUUAGAAUACUUCAGAAAUGCAGUAGAAAGGGUGUGUGUGUGUGUGUGUGUGUGUAAAUAUAGCUAACAAAUCAAUUUCACGUUUCGCUUCCCUCCUCAGAGUUGGUACUUUUUCUCUGCCCAUUACAAAUGUUUUAAUACGGUAAAGCGUUAACGGUACUUUUUCUUAGUUUGUAUCAAGUGACACUAAAGUGUGUGUGUGUGUGUGUGUAGAAUUCAGAUGUUUUAUUUUUUUCUUAAACAUCUUGCUUGUGAGUAGCAGGGCUUGCUGAACAAGUUGGAGAAAAUGCUGAAAUUGAAACGUGUGUGUGUGUGUGUGUGUGUGUGUGUGUGUGUGUGUGUGUGUGUAAGAUGCUGAAUCUAGAACAGUGCGGUACUUUACACAUCUAGUCUUAGUUUACAGAAAAUUAAAGUUAUUUUAGGAUUUUAAAUCUGAUGGUGUUGGUACAGUGCUGAACACGGGCAGGGCAGUGCUAAAGCUAACAACGCUAACGUCAGCACUCCUUUUUUUGCGAGUAUUUUUAAUGAUUCUGAGCAUUUUUUUUUUGUUGUUGUUAAAGAUGUGAACAAUAAUAGACUGUAAAGUAAUCAGUGUGUAUUUUGAUACUUGAAUAUGAUUCUGCUUUUAUAGCUGCCUCUCUCUCUCUCUCUCUCUCUCUGUGUAUAUAUGUGUACUGUAUGUAUGUAAGGGUUAUUUUUUUCUUUUUUUUAAGCUCAGUGUGUCAGGGUGUGUGUGGACAAUAGGACAGAGUGAAUCCUCACUACAGCAUGAAAAAGAGCGAGUGUAAAUAAUCUUGGGCUUCCAGUCUUUCUUUUUAUUAUUGAUUAUUAAUAUUAUUUUUCAUAAUCUGUACAUCUAAUAAAUAAAUGAGAUCUUCAUUUACUCGAAA